AAGUUAUACUUGCUACUACUGAAAAAACUCGUCAAUAGUUUUUCCAAUUAAAUGCUUUUAAGCACUAUACUAGUCUUAAUUAACUUCAACAAAUAAUGGAUCCCAAAUUCUACAUAUAAAUUUUUACUUUUUCAACAAGGUAAUACGGGCCCAAUAGAAAAUGAUGCGGAGGUGUGUGAAGAAUGACACGUGAACGAUGUGUGCUCACACAUGCAAGCUCCCUAUUCAGCCGUCCGUCACGUGUCCUUCAUUUAGUCCCCACCGCUCACGCUUUUUAAGGUUAACUCUUUGUUUCUUCUAGACGAAGUAAGCUUUGUCUCGUCGGAAUCUGAUGGAGGAGAAGAAGAAGAAAGGCGAUGAUGAAUCGAACUCGAAAGCACCGUUAAUGGCGUUGAACCAUGUGUCAAGGCUUUGCAAAGACGUCAAAAAGUCUCUGGAGUUUUACACAAAGGUAUUAGGAUUCGUGGAGAUAGAGCGUCCAGCGUCGUUUGACUUCAACGGCGCGUGGCUUUUUAACUACGGUGUUGGGAUCCAUUUGGUGCAAGCCAAGGACCAAGACAAGUUACCUUCCGACACGAACCAUUUGGACCCAAUGGAUAACCACAUCUCUUUCCAGUGUGAAGAUAUGGAAGCUUUGGAAAAGAGGAUCAAGGAGGUGAAGGUUAAGUACAUCAAGAGGACGGUGGGUGAUGAGAAAGAUGCAGCCAUCGACCAGCUCUUCUUCAAUGACCCUGACGGCUUUAUGGUCGAGAUCUGUAACUGCGAGAAUCUCGAGCUUGUUCCGCGCCAUUCAGCCGAUGCCAUACACCUCCCAGAAGACCGACACGCACCUCCUGUUACCCUCCCUGACUCCGACGAUAGGAUGCCCCAACCCAAUUCUUAAUACUAUUAGACUCGUCUCGUCUCGUCUCUACUUAGUACUGUGUUGUGUGCUCAGCUACCACUCUAUUAAUUAAUGUUUGUUUGGGACACCAAUUCCUUCCAACCAUGAGUCAUUUUGGUUUUAGUUUAGAUUCAGUUUGGUUCGGUUUUAAUAAACCUCUGGCUGAACUCUUAACCAAAGUUAUUUUGCUUUGGUUUGGUUUUACUUUGGUUCGGAUUCUAUUUGGUUAAGCUUGUUUGUGUUUGUUCCAAAAAAACGUGAACCAAUUCUACCGUUUUUUUCA